GACUCGACUGAAACCGGAGAAGGGUCAAACCAGAGAGCUCCGAGCGAGCUUCGGAGGAAGUCUUCCCCGCCUCGGGGACACAUCCAGGACGGGAUGCUUGGGUCCACCCGGCUGUUCCCGGUCCAGUCGCCCCCCUCCCGCCUCGGCCGGGACCCAUGAAGCCCCCGCUGAUGAAGGCCGGUCCUGCCCAAGCGAGGCGGAAAGCGGCCGGAGAAGCUGAGCAUGUUGUACUGGCGCGUCGGGUUCGCCUGGACGGGGUCGUCUGUGGUUGAUCUGGGCAGGCAGAACCAGACCUUCUCCUCCGGCCUGCCGGGCUCAGACGAGCAGUUUUAUGGGUCCAUCAUCGCCUCCCGUCUGCAGGACUACGGUGGGAUGAUGUCCGCGCUGGGUUCGGAUUCGUGGUGGAGGAAAACGCUGUAUGUGACCGGAGGAGCUCUGCUCGCUGCUGCUGCCUAUCUGCUGCACGAACUGCUGGCGAUCAGAAAGGAAGAGGAGCUGGACUCUAAAGAUGCCAUCAUCCUCCACCAGUUCUCCAGGCCCAGAUCUGGUGCCCCUUCCCUGUCCCCUUUCUGCCUUAAACUGGAGACCUACCUCCGUAUGGCCGACCUGCCCUACCAGAACUACUUCGACGGGAGGCUCUCUCCGCAGGGGAAGAUGCCCUGGGUGGAGUACAACCAGGAGCAGGUGUUUGGGACUGAGUUCAUCAUCGAGUUUCUGGAGGAACGGCUGGGCGUGAGCCUGAACAAGGGUCUGACGCCGCGGGAGAGGGCCGUGUCCCGAGCCAUCACCAAAAUGGUGGAAGAGCACUUUUACUGCUCUGAGCUGAGAAGUUUGUGUUUGUCUAAAAGGACCAUAGCUUACUGUCAGUGGGUGGACAACCUGGAGGAGACCCAGAAGAUGCUGUCGGUGAGCGGACCUCUGAGCGACCUGCUCAAGUGGAUCCUGAGUCAUCUGAACUGCGGGAUCGUUAAAAGGGAGAUGUACGGACACGGGAUGGGUCGCUUCACCUCAGAGGAGGUUUACAGGUUGAUGGAGAAGGACAUGCGCACUCUGGCCACUCUGCUAGGUGAUAAGAAGUACAUGAUGGGCUCAAAGCUGUCAGCGGUYGACGCCGCAGUGUUUGGUCACCUGGCUGCUGCCAUGUGGACUCUACCAGGAUCCCGACCAGAGCAGCUGAUCAAAGGCGAGCUGAUCAACCUGGCCAUGUACUGCGAGCGCAUCCGCCGGCGAUUCUGGCCCGAGUGGUUCGUGGACCUGGACGACCUGCGCUACGGCGGCGCCGCGGACGACAGCGACUCCCCUUCCAGACUCCCRGACCUGGGCCUCUACUCCUGCUCGCUCACCACCUCCAGGGAGACGACACACACGCACACCCAAACGCCGCCGCAGACGCCGCCAUCGCCUGUCAGCGACCCCACGGGCCUCUCGCUGUACGACUCCGACAUGGACACCGAGUGUUCUGAAGUCGAUCCGUUUAAGUGUUGACAGAACACACACACACMCAUACAGACACACAUUUAUGAUAUGCCCUCCUUCCUCUUUAAGCUUUCUGGAGUUCCUGCCGGAGGUGUAGAUCAAACUCUACUGGAGGAAAGUUUGCAGGAAAAAGGAAAAAACAAACCCAAACUAGAAAAAAACAUUUUGACACAAAGGAAAUAAAAAAACAGCCGAAAUGCUUCAGUGAAAACAAAAAACAAAAAUAAAAAACAACAAAAAAUAACAUGCAGGAGCUGGUUGAAAAGUAGCAACUUAAACAGGAGUAAAUGACGCUGCUGCUGCCGAGAAACUCCUCCGCCUACAAGACUGUACCAAAACUGUUUGGUGUAAAUAAACAAAGAUCCAACUGACCUACGAUUAAUAGUUAGAAUACUAAAUUCUUUUCUGAGUAUAAAUCCUAAAGUUAGGCUGAAACUAGAGACUCCUCUCCUCACUCACAUGAUGUAAAUAUGAUCAGCGUUUCCCUUUUUAAAUAAAACUCUGUUUGUCUCUAGAGUGGCGCUGUGCAGGUCCAGGAUCAGCAGGAGGAGCUGCAGAAAUGCGAGCAGGAAGGUUUCAGAGCGGAGAAUGGAUCUCAGGAGCACUUUGAAGUUAGAGUUUAGGCUAUUUAGACAAAAAAAGGGAAUGAAUACACACAUUAGAAUCAUCUUUCUGCAACAUUAAACCUGCUCCUGUAUAGUUUUUACAGAUCCCGGCGAUUGUAGCUUUAGGUCAUUGAAAGUGACUCRGUCAAAUUAUUAUUCUUUUUCUUUAUUAUUUGAAUGAACGUGCAUGACUAGUUUUUUUUUUAAUUGUCAGUGCCUGUGGCCUGAAUCUGCCACACAAACUUGUAGCUGCUGACUUCUUCUUUUUCUCAAAACUGCUACAAGAAGCCGAAAGCACCAUGAGAGCAAUAAGGGAGCCGGCAUGAGUCCGCUGUGUUUAGUCUCUGCGCUCCAGCUGGUUUUGUUUUGUUUGUACGUCAGCAGGACUGUUGGGUGUUGGUCGCUCAGCAAACGCUCCUCUGGCACCAGCUGGGCUGCGUUUGCGGCUGCAGGAAGUCCUGCAUUUGUUGCCUGUGUGGAGUAACUGUGUGUGUGUGUGUGUGCGUAAAGAACGAUGGUCCACUAAAGGGAGAGUUCAGAUUCGUUGCAGGAAAUGGAAAAAAUGAAGCCAAACUAGAACAAAAUGUGACAGUUUUGAAGUGUGGUUCUGUGGCAAGGGGAUGUACACAAACUAUCUUACCUGAUGUAGAUAACUCUUUGAUCUACAACAGAUUAUUAGGGCCAGACUAUGAGAUUUUUU